UAAGAAUAGACCCUUAAUAAUCCUACUCCCACCUAACAAUCACUCUUGAGUGGCUCUGAUUCAAUACCCUGGCCAACUGUCUCUCACCCCCUUUCUAACUAAAUACAGUAAAGACUCCUAUAUUGUGCUGUGCUGAAGUGCUGAACUAAGGGUCAAAAAGUUUAAGUCUCGUUGUCUAGCUCGAGUUUGACUUUCUAUCUUAGCCAAUUUAGCUUGGAUCUGUUUAUUAAAGGUGUAGCUGUUGUAAGUCAAAAGGGGCAGAAAAUGUACGAGGAAACUCACUUUGCAAUGAAGGAAGAAUAUGCUAGUCUGUCCAAAUUGCUGAUGGAAUUCGUUAAUAUCAGUAAAAUAGACAAGGCUUGGGUUUGCAAAUCAGGAAAUGACUCUAAGGCAAUAUUUUCUGCUAGCCAACCCAAUAUUCUUGCUAAUAGUAACAGAAAAUUUAUCUUGUCUGCUACUAUUCAUGGGAGUGGCACUAGUCCAGUGGAUUUUCAAUGGUCACCCUUUCCUAUUGAGGUUUCAGGGGCAUCCAUAAUAUUGCCUUCACCUUCUGGUUCGAAGCUUCUCAUUGUUCGAAAUUCUGAUGAUGACUCUCCUACUAAAUUUGAGAUUUGGGGCUCUUCAGAUCUGGAAAAGGAGUUUCUUGUACCUCAGGCUGUUCAUGGAUCAUUAUUUACGGAUGCAUGGUUUGAAGGUGUUUCUUGGAACUUAGAUGAAACACUCAUUGCAUAUGUUGCUGAGGAGCCUACCCCUUUAAAGCCCACAUUCAAUAAUUUUGGUUAUACAAGCGCGAGUACCUCCAAUAAGGGUUGUAACAGCUGGGAAGGCCAAGGGGACUGGGAGGAGGGAUGGGGAGAAACAUAUGUGAAAAAAAGGUGCCCUGCAGUUUUUGUUAUUGAUAUUAACAGCGGAGAGGUGCGUGCUGUUGAAGGAAUUAAUAAGGCACUCAGUGUUGGUCAGGUUGUUUGGGUUCCAUCAACAAUUGCCUCACAGCAACAUCUUGUAGUUGUUGGGUGGCCUGCAGAACCAAGAAAACUUGGCAUGAAAUACUGUACUAAUAGACCAUGUGCCUUAUAUGCUGUAACAUGUCCUUUCAACAAAUUAGAAGCUAUCAAAUCUGAUCUCAACAGAUCAAAUGCAGAUGAUGACUCCAAUGCAGUUGUGUUGACAAAAGGAAUUAGCAGCGCUUUCUGUCCACGCUUUAGCCCAGACGGGAGAUUUCUUGUGUUCUUAUCAGCCAAAAGUGCUGUGGAAUCAGGAGCACACAAUGCCACAUUUUCACUUCAUAGAGUUGAUUGGCAAAGUGAUUGGAACCCAAAUGUGCUACCAAUUGUUGAUGUGGUUCCUGUUGUACUGUCUGCGGAGAAUGAUUGCUUCCCUGGACUAUAUUUUCCCAGCAUCCUCAUGAAUCCAUGGUUUUCUGAUAAGCGUACUAUGAUUUUAUCCUCGAUCUGGAGGAGCACUCAAGUGAUAUUUUCUGUGGAUGUAGAGAGUGGGAGCUUGUCACGCAUCACUCCUCAUAAUUCAAGCUCCUCAUGGGAGGUUCUUUCGCUUGAUGAGGAUAAUAUCAUUGCCGUAUGCAGCAGCCCUGUAGAUACUCCUCGAAUCAAGUAUGGUUGUCUUCUUAAGAAGCAAGUCCCAAAUGCCCCUUGGAAUUGGCAAGAUGUUCCGAGCCCCCUAUUCAGAUGUUCAAAGGAGGUUUCAUCUCGCCUCUCAUCCCUUCAAUUCAGUAUAAUGAAAAUUCCAGUAAGAUCUAUUUCAGAAAACUGUACAGAAGGAGCGAGUAAACCUUUUGAAGCUAUAUUUGUCUCCUCAACUGCAAAGAACGACAUUUGUAAUCCAUUGAUCACAGUUCUUCAUGGAGGUCCUCAUGAUGUUGCAACAUCAAAGUUCUCAAAGACAUUGGCAUUUUUGGCAUCAACUGGAUAUAAUCUAUUAAUUGUCAAUUAUCGAGGCUCUCUGGGAUUUGGUGAAGAAGCACUGCAGUCUCUUCCAGGGAAUGUUGGAUCACAGGACGUCAAUGAUGUGCUUACUGCAAUAGAUCAUGUUGUCGGCUUAAAACUUGCUGAACCACCUAGAAUUGCUGUGUUUGGUGGUUCCCAUGGUGGCUUUUUGAGUGCCCACCUUAUUGGGCAGGCCCCUGAAAAAUUUUCUGUAGCAGCAGUCUGGAAUCCUGUUUGCAACCUUGCUUUGAUGGUUGGAACUACUGAUAUUCCUGAUUGGUGCUUUGUCAAUGCUUAUGGAAGCGAUGGUAAAACGUACUUUACAGAAGCACCAUCUAAGGACAAUCUGAAUAUCUUAUAUGAUAAGUCCCCUAUCUCGCAUGUCCAUAAGGUCAAAGCACCUACACUGUUUCUUUUAGGUGCUCAGGAUCUUCGAGUUCCUGUUCCUGAUGGAUUGCAAUAUGCGCGUGCAUUAAAGGAGAGAGGAAUUGAGGUUAAGGUAAUUAUGUUUCCUGAUGACGUACAUGAAAUAUCCAGGCCUCAAUCUGAAGUCGAGAGCUUUGUAAAUAUUGCAUUGUGGUUCAAGAAUUAUUGUCAAUAGAUCAAGUGCCAUAUCCAUGAAGAGAUGCUUAACAGCAAUGCCAUAGUAAACCAAAUCCUUAAGUUUACUAAGUUCUUGUGUACUUUCCUAGUUUUAUGUCUAAUGUGCUCAUGAUCUGAUUUACUUUAUUUACUCUCGCUUAUCUGAACACAAGGUUGUAGUUUGCUGAAUUGGUAUGGUAUGGAACUAAAGCACUUGAAUUUUACACUAGAACUUUGACGACCAACAACAUGCUAGUCAUUCAAAUAAUGCAUAAAUUGCUUUUACUGACCUACAAUGUGAGGAGACUCAGGAGAGAAUCAAGAACGGCAGCAUUUAUGCAAAGGCAAAAAAAAAUUGGUUACUACAAAACAAAAGCAGGAAAUGAACAAUCAAAUAGUCAUUUACAUACAUGCUUGUUUCUGUUUGCCCGUAUUACAUACAAAAAGGCUCUGUAAUUUGUACAUACCAAUUCGGAUAACACCUGCUUAUUUGUACAGUUAAGUGCAUGCUAGGAAAUUCCUGUACUUCUUAUACUCUCCUAUCCCUCUCAUACACCCCC